GAGAAGGAGAAGAAGUAUAUGUUACCAGUGGAUAACCUGAAGCUGCGAGAUGUCGAGAAGGGGUUCAUGUCCAGCAAGCACAUCUUUGCUCUCUUCAACACUGAACAGAGGAAUGUUUACAAGGACUACCGGCAGCUGGAGCUGGCCUGUGAGACCCAGGAGGAGGUGGAUAGCUGGAAGGCUUCCUUCCUUCGUGCAGGAGUCUACCCAGAGCGUGUUGGGGACAAGGACAAAGCCAGUGAAGCGGAGGAGAAUGGAUCAGACAGUUUCAUGCACUCCAUGGACCCUCAGCUGGAGAGACAAGUGGAAACAAUCAGGAACCUGGUGGAUUCCUACAUGGCAAUUGUCAACAAAACCAUCAGAGACCUCAUGCCGAAGACAAUCAUGCACCUCAUGAUAAACAAUACCAAGGACUUUAUCCAUUCGGAGUUGCUGGCAAACUUGUACUCCUGUAGUGACCAAAAUACGCUGAUGGAGGAAUCGGCAGAGCAGGCCCAGCGACGUGACGAAAUGCUGCGCAUGUACCAUGCCCUGAAAGAGGCCCUCAACAUCAUCGGGGACAUCAACACCAGCACUAUCAGCACCCCUAUGCCCCCACCGGUGGACGACUCUUGGCUGCAGGUGCAGAGCGUACCAUCUGGACGCAGGUCUCCUACAUCCAGCCCCACGCCACAGAGGAGAGCUCCCGCUGUUCCACCAGCCAGACCUGGGUCUCGAGGCCCAGCUCCUGGGCCACCUCCUGCUGGUGGGUCCACGCUGGGUGGUGCCCCCCCUGUGCCCUCCAGGCCAGGUGCCUCUCCUGAUCCCUUUGGGCCCCCACCUCAGGUUCCUUCUCGACCUAAUCGUGCUCCUCCUGGUGUUCCCAGCCGGCCGGGCAAGGCCAGUCCCUCCCGCCCGGAGAGCCCAAAACCACCAUUUGACAUGUAGGCCUGCUCCCUCUGAGACUCUUUGCCUGCCUCUUAGCUGUUCUGUCCUGGAAUGGUCUGCCUCCAAUCUCACACAUGGCUUGUUUUGUUUGUAUUUUGUGACACACACAUAUCAGAUGUGACUGUAGUGAAACUGGUUCGUUUUUUUUUCUU